GAAGCCAGUAUAGAUAGUUGGAAAUAAUUCCGUGAGUCCCUACCGCAGUGGAUUUCAGUAGGGAUAAAUGGAAUAAUAUCCCUACCAGUAGAACUAAAUGGAAAAAUAUUCCAUAUGUCCACACUGGUGGGGAUAUCGCAGUAGGGAUAGGUGGAAUAGGGGCGAAAAACAACAAGCAGUAAGUAGCAUAUAAGUAGUGUUCAUUUUUAAGCUAAUAAGAUUUGUAAAUAUCUACUUAGACCACAGGUUUGAAAGGCAGUAUACAACGUGUUACACCAGCCUCUGAAAGUGGGUACACGUUGUAUGGGAGAGGCAAUUUUUUUUCGCGAUUUCUUUGUUGAUCCCAUAGUCAAAGUUGCUCAGUAUCAUGGGCGUAGGCAGGUACAGAGCUCAAAUUUCACAUAUGCCCCUCUGCGGCACCUGCCCUUCCCCUCCCCCCGCCCCUAGGCCUCGGGCGAUAUCAACUUGCACCACCCUAGUUCAAUGGCUGGCUACGCCCUGGCUCAGUAUGACCUAUACAACGUGUACCCAACCCACUUUCAGUGGCUGGUGUAACACGUUGUAUAGCUAAUGAUUUCAUAGACCUAAAAUAGUUAUCUACAUCGCUGUGUCUACAUGCUUGCUAACAUGACGUACGUAUGUUAUUACUACAACAUUAGUUAUUAUAAAGAUGUUUGUACAUAUUUUUAAGAGUGUGACGCAUAAUUUAGCUACGGAAUAUGACCUACUGUAAAUAUUUAUUAUGGGCUUUUGUUUGUUAAUUUUAGUCAGUGUUUUGUACAGAAAUAUGAUACCCUUCUUAAUAUAUUUCGGAGUCAGGCUGACGGAAGUCUUGAUGUAGAUAGUUUGUUUUACUUGUUAUAAUAUUUAAUAUUAAACAGAAUUAAAUGUCAUAUACUAAGAAAAAGCGACCAAGGCCUCCAGUGCCCCAGGCUGGAAUCGAACCAGCGUCCCUUGCUAUCGCGGCAGAUGCCACUCGGCCACCGGUGUUACGGGGGCAUAGGUCGAAUUUUUUUUUCUUAGUAUAUGACAUUUAUUUCAGUUUAUAAUUUAUACAGUAGUGUUUCUACUUGAAAUAAAAGCAAUUUAAAAUAUAUUCUGAAACUAAUUUAAUAUUAAUAUUUAAUGUUAUCAAAAACUUAUAUUCUGUUAAAUCUUGUUCUGUUAAAUGUUGUAUGUAGUUUCCUCGAUUAAUCCAAACAAUAAAACACUAUGUACUAACUGAAUUGAACAGUAAGCAGUUUGGUCGUAAAAUAAAGAUAGUUUGUAUAUAAACUUCAUGACGUAUUCUUGAUUUUUACACUGAGCUAUAAGUAAUAUGGAAAAUGAAAUGAAAUAUCGCAAUCGCAACCCGUACCACGCGACCAAAACGUCCUAAGCGCCAUAAGGUUCAGGGUGCUUACGCGUAGGUCGCGAGAUUUAUGCUCCGCUUCUAUGGUUUGUUGUCAAAACCUCUGUGCCGGUUCUAAUACGUAGUAAUAGUUCAGUGCAUUUUUAACAUAUUUGCUCAGUUCAUCAUAAACGAACUAAGGCCCUGUGCGACCAAAAAAGUAUGGAGGUAGAGGCAAGGAAUUCAAUCUCCACAGGCAGAACUGUUGCAAAAGUGCCCAGCUGUCAGCUAUAAAUAAUAGUUCCAAAUCUUUCCAGAGUAGCGCUAGAGUAGCUAAGAACGUAGGCGUUAUUGACGGAGUGAAGUGCGCUGUCUAUAAUUUGUUUUUUUUUUUUCAGGUAUUCUAGGUAUUGUAGCGCCACCUAUUUAAGGUUUUUUGACGGACCCUUUUUGCUACAUGGAGAUUCCAUUCCUUACCUAGAGUUGAAUAUUAUAAUUGCCAUAAUACUUUGUAUGCUGUAGAGUCUAGAAGUCUUAAACUAUUCAGCUGGAAUUAGAACCAUGCUAUUUUAAAGGAAAAUUAUCCAUAGGUAUACUUAUGAUUUCAAAUGAACCUUAGAAAAUAUAACCCAAUGAACUUCCGUUCGCAUAACAAAGCAAGUGACAUCAAAAUGGCUAGCACAAACAAAGUCAUGUGUACUCGUGAAUUAUAACGGUUUUCAAGGUGAGUUGAGUACUUGAAGAUUAGUCACCUAUCGCUAUCAGUUCAGUGCACUGGCCCGAUCGAAGCGGCGGUGUCGCGAAAUACGCGAAAAAACUGUGAAACUAAGUAUAUAUAAAAGUUUUCCCUUCUUAUCUUUGGAGUCUAAAGUUGACAGGAAAGAUCGGCUGAGUGACCGGAAAUGAACCACAGAAGAAUUGAAAAGAAGAAAUACGGCGUGUUGUGAACAUGGAUUUCCUUAGAUUUUUGAUGUAAUAUUUUAGGGAGGAUGCUCUCAACUUUAUCUUGAUAUUCUAUAUCAUUUAAACUACUAAGCCAAGUUUGGCAUCGAUUUCGUAUAAAUCGGGGAUGCCGAAUUCAUUUGUGGUAUCAUUUUGAUGAAAUUCUGAAGAAAAAACAUAUAAAAUAUGAUUUUUUUUUAAAUUCCUCUUCACGCUUAAACUGCUGAACCAAUUUGGUUAAAAUUUGGGAAAGAACAUGGGAUAGUUUAUUUAAAAAAAAAAAUAUGGGGAAUCAAUAAGCCUAUCUUUGAUUUAGUUGAAAAUGACACCAAACUUGACUUAGAACUAUUAAACAAUUAUUAAACUCACGGCCCGAUUCGAAGAAUUAUUAAGAUACGUUUAAGAUCUUUAAAAGAUCGAUAACUAAACGACAUGUAAAAAUUUACGUUUAUUUCGAUUCCGAUUUCGAUUUUGUUUAAUUCUCACUGCACCCACCUUGAAGUUUCUCUGUUUUGCCUUAUGGUUGACUGGUAGAGAAUGCCUAUUGGCAUUAAGUCCGCCUGAUGUACUCUUUUUUAUGUGCAAUAAAGUUUAAAAUAAAUAAAUAAUGAAUUCAUUCGCAGAACAAUGGAACCCAUCAAACCGGGUAGCAACUUGUCUUGCGGCCCGAUUCGAAGAAUGAUUAAGACACGUUUAAGAUCUUGGAAAGAUCUUUAAAAGAUCGAUAACUAAACGACAUGUCAAAAUUGACGUUUAUUUCGAUUCCGCUGUGAUCCAAAUAAGAUCUAUCUACGAUAUUUCUAACGUCAAAGUGAAAUUGGUUGCCCGAAUCGAACUGCUUCUGUCAAUUAUACAAUCGAUAUCUAAUUGAGAACUUAUCUAAACCAGAACUUAUCGUUAUCGUAUCUUAUUCUUCGAAUCGGGCCGUCAGACUUCGCCGACGCUGAAAAACCCUCCCAACCCCUCACCUACAUCAAGAAUCAGGGUGACUCCACUUCAUAAAUACAUCUUCUGCCAAAGGAAAUCUUUUGUUCAGACAACGCCGUAUUUGACUUUUUUUUGUUUUUUGCAGCUAACACUAUUUAAAACACAGUUCUAGUGCCUAGUGUACGUAAACACUUUUUCAAAACAGAAGAGGUCUUCAAUUGUCCUCACUGACACUUAGUUUGUAUCAUUUUAUGUGGGCUUUUGGCUUCUUUUCAAACUUUAUCAUACCAAUACCUACCGGUGAUCUAUAAUAUAUACCCAACUAGAACUAGCGUUUCCAACAGUUAGUUCAGAAGUUUAAUUAGUACAAAGUGGGCGCGAUUCGAUAUCGAAAUCUAAUCUGUUAAACAAGAAAUUAAAAACAAGUACAUUCCAAAAGCAAUCGUAUUAUUAUCCGUGUAAGGCUAAACUCGCAUUGGACUACUUUAGUUGAUUUCCCUGUGUAUCGCUUGAGAUGGCUCAGGACAAGUUAAUAUGGAAGAUCGUGCUAGAUUUCUUUAUAUUAUGCUGUUUGGCCUCCCCCCUCCUGUACUUCCAAUUUUGGAGCAAGUCAAAACUCGGAGGUUUUUUCGCGGAUGACCACAGUCUCCAACUACCGUAUACACAACAGACGGUACCAGAAGCUGCGUUGGCACCGGCUGGCUUCGCUCUCGUCAUUGUAACGAUAAUAAUCGUCGAAUACGUCCGAGACAAAAAAGGACGAAGCGUCGGCGAGAAGUUCCUGUGCGACCACCUGAUUCCCGGCUGGGUGUGGACCAGCUAUGUCACCAUCGGCAUCUUCACGUACGGAGCGGUGGUGCAGCAAGUUACUUCUGAGACAUUGAAACAAAUCAUUGGGAGGCUUAGGCCGCAUUUCUUUGAUGUCUGCCGUCCGAUCUACAACGCGUCAGACCCCGCCAAUGCCAACGGCUUCAUCCAGAUAUACUCUUGCGCAGACCCAGACGACUCGCGAAUCAAAGAGCUCAGUCUGUCAUUCCCAAGUGCGCAUGCAAGCUUCGCUAUGUACAUCGCCGUAUUCUACAUUAUAUACCUCCAACUGAAAUGUAAAUGGCGAGGUUCGAAGCUGCUUCGACACGCCGUUCAGUUCCUCAUUCUCUUGGCUGCGCUAUACGUUGGCCUGUCGAGGGUUGUAGAAAACUUUCAUCACAGAGAUGACGUCGCUAUCGGCUUCGUUAUAGGUGCCAUUGCUGCAGUUCUAGUGGUGAAAUUCGUGCUGAAACCCAAGAAGUACAUGUCCGGGACGUGGCAAGAGACGCCACAGCAAAAUAUCCUGCCGCGGCCGGUAUUGGCACGGUGACCGAACGGAAUCACUAACUAAACUUCUUUGGCUUUGCUCGGUCUUUGUCAAGAAGUAGAUGAGGACAAUAUUUCUGGGCAUUUUUGAGAAAAAGACUAGCAAGCUAGGUAUAGGCUUGCAAAUGAGCUGUGUUUUAUGGGCAGCGCUGUGAUUCAAGUUUUAAGUUAUGAUUUGUUUUAAUCCCUUACUGCAUGUAAUAAAAAAAUAUUUGUAAUAAACCAAAAUUUGACCUACUUACGCCAAAUAUUAAAAUAAUAGACAAAAGCUCUCUUUGCCUCCUAGGAUCCCCCAUCUUUGAAGAAUCCUAUCCAAAUUUCAUUUCCGAUACUACUUCUAAAUUUCAAAAUUACAAAAGUCGUCUUCUCGAAAUUAGCCCUCAUUUCGCUUUAUCUAUAAUUAAAUUCUGCCUCUUUGUCCAAAAUUAAUGUACGUACUUCGCUGCUGCCCUUUUUCAAAAUUUCAAAAUUUAUUAACACCACUUGACGACUUGAUCAAAAGCAAUUUAGAAUCUAUUUUGAACUUGCAGUUUAGCGAAGAGUCCUGGACCCAGGCAUCCCUUCCCAUUCGUCACGGUGGGUUAGGGAUCCGCAAAAUUUCAAGUGUCUCUACCCCGGCGUUUUUAUCCUCCGUCCAUAGCUCAGCAACUCUUGUAGGUAAAAUCCUAAGGGCCUGUCCUUCAAACUACGAGAUUGCUGGCUUAACGGACUCUAAAAACGCCUGGUCCAUUGUCUGCCCGGGUAAGGAUUUCCCCGAAAAUCUAAAUUCGCAAAGGACCUGGGAUGACAUACAAUGUAAAAUCAUUUACGACUCUCUCUUAAGCCGCAGUACAGGUUCAGCACGCGCCAGACUAUUAGCUGCAGGUGCUAGGGAAUCCGGCGCCUGGCUACACGCCUUCCCGUCGGUACAUACCGGUACCUUCCUGGAACCGCACACUCUGCGCGUUGCUGCCUGCCUGCGACUCGGCGUCCGGGUCUGUGCCCCACAUAGGUGCCCCUGCGGCACUAACGUCGACGUCCUUGGACACCACGGGCUCUCUUGCCAAAGGAGCGCCGGCCGCUUCUCCCGACACGCCGCGCUCAACGAUAUUCUCCGCCGGUCUCUCGCCAGCGUCAACGUGCCAGCUCUUCUUGAGCCCGCCGGCAUUUUAAGAGACGAUGGUAAGAGACCGGACGGAAUGACACUAAUUCCGUGGAAGAUGGGACGGGUGCUGGUAUGGGACGCCACUUGUGUAGACACUCUAGCCCCGUCUCAUCUCCACGGCACAUCUGCUAAGGUCGGCGCGGCGGCAGUAGCGGCCGAAAAUUUAAAAAUGACCAAAUAUAGGGGUCUCGGCGCCGAAUACAAUUUCAUACCUUUUGGCGUCGAGACCCUUGGCCCGUGGGGUCCAAGUGCCCUUAAACUCUUUAAGGACCUUUCAAAAAGGUUAGCAGAAGUCACCGGCGACCGCAGAGCUGGCAGCUUCCUCGCUCAAAGAAUUAGUCUUGCAAUACAGCGAGGAAAUGCUGCCAGUAUCUACGGCACCAUGCCGCAGGGGGAUAUUUUUUAGUAUUUUAUUUUAAGUUUAGUAUUAUUUAUUUUUAGAUUUAGGUUUUAAGUUUUAUAGUGUAUUUGAGUAAUAAUGUCAUAUAAUAGUUGGCUCUAUGGGGUAAAAAAUAUCGUAUUUUCGCAUUUUUUGAGGAGUGCACUAUACGCGUAAGUACUUCAGCCGAAGUUUGAUGGUUAGCUUUGUGUUAUUCAAUGACCUCACUGAGUACACCCGUUUGUAUUAGAGUCGGCUGAAAAUUUCCUAUUACUACUAUUCGUUACUAGAAAAGAAAAAACAACGGGGACCAGUAAUUCUGUAUGAGAUUGGUUUUUUCACGUUAAAUAAUUUUUACCGUGACUAAAACUGUGUAGUAUACUGUUAUUAUGUAGGUAGAAAAUAUACAGGUAAAGCCCGACCAGAAAUAUAUAAUCAUUGUCAAGAGGGCGCUGUCUCAUGUAAGUAUAGGUAUAGGGUGGUAGGGUGACAGUUCAGUUUAGUAUGAAAACAUUAGUUCCUAUGAAAUUCCGCAAUAUGGCGCGUGAUCAAUUGAUCAUAUAUUAUUGGUCAUGAAUACAGAGAUUAGGUUUAUUUGUAUUUUUUUUUUGAAAUAUCGGUAGCUAAGCAAGUGAAAGAUUCAUAAUUGAACCACGAGCGUAGCGAGUGACUGGAAAAGUGGAGUCUUGAGACUUGCGAGGGUUUAAGGACACGAAGGGUCAAGGAAACUUUGUUCUCGAGAAUUUUCCAGGACGAGGAAAAUACUAACUAUGUAAAAAAAUUACAAAUCAAAAUGUUUAUCAUUAAAAAUAAUCACAAGUCAAGUGGAUUGUCAAAGAAAAUUUUGUAGCCACAUUAAAUUUAAAGGCCAUUAAAUCGAAACGAUGCCGCCAUACCUUCGGCCUUUGGUCUAUAAGAUGGCGCCAUCUUAUGAUAUUUAACAAAUUUAACAUAUACCAGUGAAAGAAUAAGGAUCAAAGUCAAAUGGCGUUCUAAAAGUUUUAAUCAUGUGUCGAAAGAUGGCAGUAAAUUUACUGCUGCUACAAAAUUUUCUUUGACAAUCCACCUUUAUUUCAAAUUCUCUUUGUAUCCACCAGCCUACACGAGGAAACAACUUAAAACUUGCAUGAAAUUACUUUUUGACUCUUGUGGAUAAAAGGCUACUUUCUCAUCAGUUAUUGAAAAAUAAGCAAAGAAUUUACGAGCUAGUGAGGUGAAAAAUAUGUUGUUAUUUUUUGUGUACUUAAUAAUUGUAUUGCUGGCGAAAAUCAUGACGAUCUCUAUAUAUCCGGUAGGUAGCCUAAGACUAAGUACAAUUUUGUAUACGUUUUGUAUUCUUCCGACGAGCUUCAGAAACAUACAUAAUAUAUCGUUAUAUAGAGUUAGAGCAUCGAGCAUUGAACCUCAUUGCACAAAAAUUAUACAUACGCACGGUUUUUGUAUCUUUUCUAUACGUAAGUUACGUAAUAAACUGUAUAAGUUUUA